CUCAGAUCAUGUUUACUUCACUGACAUCCUGGAAGUCGCUUCAUUCAGGCCUGACACAGCUCGGCUGYCGGCGGCUCAGACAACAUGAUUUCAAAUAUCAAGAGUUCACAUCAGACCGAGUUCUGUCUGGUUCAGGAGAAGGGAGCAUGGAGUCGAUCCGAGUCGUGCCGAGUCCCAGGAGGAAAGGUGUCAGGUGCUAAAAUCUAUGAGAACAAGUCCAAACAAGGAGCUACCUGGACCGUUGUCAGCCCCAUCGUGUUCACAUACCGAGUCAUUCAAUGCAAAGACCUACUGGACCCCAGCAGUGAUACCCUGCUCUGGGGUCACCUAGGAGAGGAAGAACUUCAAAAUACCGUAAGAACUGACACCAAACCUGUAAAGCGUUUCAUUGUCAUCGAUGAAAACGUACAUCAGCUCUACGGCUCCAAGGUGGCUCGGUACUUUGAGUCCAGAGGAGUCGUUUCCAAGAUUCUCCCUCUGCCCACCACCGAGGAGAACAAGAGUUUGGAGUUAGUGACCAAAAUCUUGGAGGAAGUCCACAAGUUUGGCCUCGACAGACGCACUGAGCCCAUCAUCGCAAUCGGAGGAGGGGUCUGUCUGGACGUGGUCGGUCUGGCGGCGUCGCUCUAUCGCCGGCGGACUCCUUACAUUCGGGUGCCGACCACUUUGCUGUCGUACGUUGAUGCCAGCGUGGGGGCCAAAACGGGGGUCAACUUCGCCGGAGGGAAGAACAAGCUGGGGGGUUACGUCCCGCCGGUGGCAUCAUUCUUAGACCGCUCAUUCUUCCAGACUCUCCCGCAACGGCAGAUCUCUAACGGGCUGGCAGAGAUGUUAAAGAUGGCCCUGAUGAAGCAUCGUGGCCUGUUUCAGCUGCUGGAGGCUGAUGGCAGGAAGUUGUUGCACACCAAGCUGCAACCCUGUGGGACCACCAGCAGUGGCUCUGAGCAGGAAGACAGCGCUAUGGCGUCCAUCCGCAUCGCUAUAGAAACCAUGCUGGAGGAGCUGGCGCCCAACCUGUGGGAGGAUGAUCUGGACCGGCUGGUGGAUUUUGGGCACCUCAUCAGCCCUGAGUUGGAAAUGAGAGUUUUACCCRCACUGCUUCAUGGGGAGGCCGUCAACAUCGACAUGUCCUUCAUGGUGUACGUGKCCCACCAGAAGGAGCUUCUGACCGCAGAGGAGAAAGAGCGCAUCAUCCAGUGCAUGAGGGGUCUGGAGCUGCCCGUGUGGCACCAGGACUGCACCCUGAGCCUGGUGCAGAGGUCUCUCCAGGAGCGUCUGAAGCACUCGGCGGGCUCGCUGAGGAUGCCUCUCCCGAUAGGACUGGGGCGUGCAGAAAUCUUCCACGACACAAUAGAAGACACAGUGCUUUGCCAAGCCCACCAAAUAUGGACUGAAGAGCUUUCUUCAUGUGGUAACGAAGAAAUACAACCAAAAACUACCAAACUUACUUGAACUUUAAAAAGAAUUUAAAAACAUAAUGUAAAUAAAACAGUUCUGACAAUAUAAACUAUUGUUAAUCUAAUAAAUGUCUUUAGAGAAAA